GCCACGGAGCCAGGGAGUUACCUGCAGAAGGCAGACCAGAGUCCAGGUCUGUGGGCUCCUAGAGCUCUAAACUGGUGUAGGUGGUGACAUGAUUCUUCCCUUGCAGAGACAUCAUGGGCUUCUGGAAGCUCUCCCCCUUCUUGGCUCUUGGCUUCUUGGUCCUGUACCAGGUUGGCAUCUUUCAGGCAGCUGCACUCAGCUCUGCCCUGGAGAGCCCUGAACACCAGGCUUCACUCAACAAGGAGAAAGCAGGCCUCCUACUGGCUGAACUGAUUAAGGACUACUUGAAGAGUACGGCCAUUGAGCAGGAGCAGGAGACACAGGGCUCCAGCAUCUCGGCCCAGAAAAGGGCCUGCAACACUGCCACCUAUACGACCCAUCGGCUGGCAAAUGUGCUGAAUAAACAUGGGGGCGUGGCGAAGGAAGACUUCGAGCCCACCAACGUGGGCCCUGGAUCCUAUGGCCGUCGCCGCAGGGAUGUUCAGGAAUGA